GGAAUGAGAGAAAGAGAGAGCCCUCUCUGUAGCUCUGUCGCAGAGAUCACUGAUACCAUUCUGGUGGGGCGCGAGGUUUUCAUCAUGAGGUUGAGUCCCCUGGCACUGUGGCGCAAAUAAUACUGCAUUACGCUUUUUUGCCCCCAAGCUAUUUUUAUCUUACAUCGUGCCUGCUGCAAAAAAACUCUUCUUCCAUCCGCCUCCGUAGCACCCACCUUCAUCUCCCUAUUUCGCAUCGUAGUGUCAAGCUCCAGCCUUCUACCCACCCCGUUUCUCCGAUGCUACUCCAUCAGUAAGUUGGGAUUUUUCCCCGUCGCAAGGGUGGUAAGCCCUGCCCUUUGCUUUCUUGCACUCACAUUAUGCUCCAGAAGUGGGGUGGUCUGUUUUUCCAGGGGAGGAAGAGCUAAAGCCGAGGUUUGGGUGUAGAGCGCGAGUUUCACUGGCAGCCAGCCGCGAGAAGCUUUGGGGACAGCUCUUCCCUUGUGCGGGCUUUUACAACGCAGGCUUCGCCAAACGCUGGUUUCGCCUUCGUCUUCGUCCGUGGCAGGGAAUGGAAGUGCUUCCAUGUGAUCCCACGACCUAGCUUCCAGCUACCUUGGAGAAUGUUGUGGUGAUCAUAUCCUGAUUGUCGCGCCGAUCUUCAGGCUCUCCCUUUCUGUAAGUAGUAGCGAUGGAGGAGGUGGAAGCUGCCGAUCCCUGGCGAGACGUUGUGUACCUCUCGAGGUUCGAAGAUGACGAUCCUGUAUCAAAUUUUACAUCAGAGAAUGGGCACGAGGAAUACUCAGAAGAGGUAGAUGGAAAUGAGUGUAGCCAAAAUUUGGAUUACCAAGGUGAGGAUGCAGACCUUGCCAUUGAAGCUGAGGUGGAGUCUACCCUCUCGGCUGCGCCAGACCUUCCAGAUGGGGCUGAUUUCGCCGCUAUUGAGAACGCUCUUGAAGACGAGCCUGACCAUGAAACCGCGAGCACCACUUCAAGGAGAUUGCCCAUAGCUGCAACUCCGAAGAAGGGUAAUAGCGCGAGCAAGCUCACCGAGGCCACACUGAAUUCUUUGCGGCGGAGCGCAUCUGCUGCAGCUCGUACUCAAGCCCCACCUUCGCCAAAACCGUUUCUGAGAUCUACCUCAUCAAUGGCAGCUGCUCGUCGAUCUCAGGUCAAUACUGACGGUGCUACUGGUGGCACUGCGAGCGGUAAUGGUGUUCGUAAGCUCGGACCGCCUAUCAUCUCAGCUGCCCCAGUCAUCAGGAGCCGAGGUAUCCCGCGUGAGACAUCCAGCAGCACGAGCAUUAUGAGAUCAAGCACGAAUACCUUAAGAGGUAGCGCACCUCCCGUGAGGUCCAGCACUAAUUCCUUAAGCUCGAGGACAAAUACUUUAAGGUCAAGUACGAAUUCAUUGAAUGCCACCGCAAGGUCUACAACAAGUGUAGUUCGGUCUUCCGCUGGUUCUGGUGCUAUCAGCGGCCUUCGCAAGCCCUCCCAAACCACUGAUCCCCGCAGAUCCUCUCUAACUACGCUGCCUACCAGAUCAGCAGGUGCUUCUCGUCGAAAUUCACUCUCCGGAGUGGCUUCGCUGUCGCGGUCUGUUGAUCUUCCAUCUGCCUCAGACCUCAAGCAGUGGGCUUCAUCAGCGCCAGCAUUGAAAGCCUCGGGUCGCAGAGUGAAUUCUUCAGCUGCGACUUCUACACAGGCGACCGCUAGUUACCCGAAGAGAGUGAGUUCCUCGGUAUCUGACCAUAAAUCCCCGAACGAAUCCAGGAAGCCUUUUUCGAAAACUUCCCCAUCCCCAGUAAAGUCUCGGAGUUCAGCAACAAGCUCUACUCCAGUGGUUUCCCGGAGUAGUUCAGUUUCUUCUUCCCCCAACUACAAGUCACCACCAGUCACGGCGAAUGGAGUUUCCAACCGUGACACAAACAGAGAUGCGGUGAAGAAGAAACUUAGCCCAUCACCAUCUCUUGGCGCUGGAAGGACGUCGAGCUUUGCUGAGCCAGUCGGAAAGCCUUCCCCUUCGUCCUCUUCAGAGCGUUCCUUAAACACGAGCUCGAAUACCACGAAGUCCUCCCCAUCAGAGAGACGUCUAAGUCUGAGCACUCCGAAGCAGUAUCCUGCGGAUAAAAAUGCAAGUAGUCAAAGUAGAGGAGUGACCAAGUCUUCUCCUUCCGAGAGAACUUCGUCGACUGCUAAAAUUGUUAAGUCUUCACCUGGUUCUGCUGCUUCCCCUACAGAAAGACCUGGCUCCUUAAGAGGUGCCAAGUUGUCACCUUCAGCUUCCGGCAACGUCUCCACAGGUUCGAAGGAUAAAUCUGCCUCACAAGCGUCUUCGAAGUAUUCGCCCAGUGCGGUGACUGCCGAUCGCGGCCCCAGCAUGCUGACAAGGAAAAAGACCUUGACCUCCGACACUCGCGAUGCUAAGAUUGUUGCGCUCCCUUCCGUGGAAGUGAAGGCCGGGGAGGAUGUUAGACUUGAUCUUCGAGGACAAAAAGUGAGAACUUUAGAUGGAAAUCUGGUUAGCUUGACACCCAAGAUGGAAUUUGUUUAUUUUCGUGACAAUAAACUGGCCACACUGAACGGUAUCGAGAUACUUCGCCGCGUUAAGGUGCUGGAUCUCAGCUUCAACGAAUUCAAGGGUGCAGGGCUUGAGCCGCUCGCUUCUUGCAAGGCUUUACAGCAACUAUAUCUUGCUGGUAACCAGAUCACUUCCCUGAGCGACUUGCCGCAGCUUCCGAACUUGGAGUUUUUAUCAGUUGCGCAGAACAAGAUCAAGUCUCUGUGUAUGGCUUCCCAGCCAAGGUUGCAAGUUCUAGCUGCAAGCAAGAACAAGAUCUCGACCUUCAAGGACUUCCCGCACCUUCCUGCACUUGAGCAUCUGCGUCUCGAAGAGAAUCCGAUUCUCGAGAGCUUCCACGUUGAAGCACAAUCCAUCCUGCUUGUAGGUCCCAGCCUGAAGAAAUUCAAUGACCGCGAUCUCUCUACACAGGAGCUUGAGUUCGCAAGAAUGUAUCCCCCAAGCACCGCUCUCUGCAUUCGCGAAGGCUGGGAGCUCUGCGGCCACGAGGAGGCGAUGGAAUCAACACUGCAAUUCCUCAUCUCUCGGUGGAGUCCAAACCUCCCUCCAGGGUACACUUUGAAGAAAGCCUGGGCCGAUCAGCCUGCGGAGGAGGAUCCAUGCGGCUGCGAGUUUAUCUUUGACAAGCUUGAGGGCGCGUUCGAGGACUCUCAGCUUCGUCUGAAGUAUCAGUGGUAUGUUGGAGGUAAAACCCCUGCCAACUUCACCCCCAUAGAAGGCUGCGUCACCGAUAGUUACUGGCCAAAGCACGAUGAUAUCGGUAAUUUCCUCAAAGUGGAAUGUAGCGUAGUGCUCGGCGAAACAGAGUAUCCUCCCGUCUUUGCAAUAUCUGCGCCAGUUGCCUCUGGUAGCAAAUGUCCGAGAGUGCUGGAGAUUGAAGUGGAUGGUGACACCAUUGAGGGAUCGGUUCUCAGAGGCUCAGCAGUUGUGGCAUGGUGUGGCGGUACGCCCAGUAAGUCUGUCUCUAGCUGGCUCCGACGAGGUGAGCUCAUGAGCCCUCUUGCUAUCAUGGGAGCUGAGGAGCCAGAGUACCAGCUCACUCUUGACGACGUGGGGUACAGCCUCAUUUACAUGUAUACCCCAGUGACGGAGGAGGGAUGUCGAGGUGAGCCUCAUUAUGCUGCGACCUCUAUUAUUCAACCAGCGCCGCCCAGUGUAAAUGCAGUGCAGAUCAUCGGAGAAGCAGUGGAUGGGAAUGUGCUACAUGGCCGAGGACAUUAUUUCGGAGGCAAGGAAGGAGCUAGUAAGUUAGAAUGGCUUCGUGAGAAUCUGGAAUCGGGUGAAUUCAAGCUCGUCUCACGAGGGGUGUUGUCGUAUACUUUGUCUGUCGAAGAUGUGGGCCGGCGAAUGAUGUUUAUGUACACUCCUGUGAAUGCGGAGGGUAAAAUUGGAGAUCCAGUGACAGCCAUUAGUACCACCGUCUUGCUUGCACCUCCCAAGGUUGAGAAUUUGCGUAUUGUAGGGGAUUUGAAAGAAGGCAGCAAGGUUGCUGUGAGCGCCAUCUUCACUGGAGGCGUGGAGGGAGCCAGUAAGGUGCAAUGGUUCAAGAAGAGCUCCUCCUCACUACCAAAAAAUGAUUUCUCCUUAGAGUCCCUUUGUAGCGUCAAAGUCGCCAAGGCAUUUCGAAUCCCUUUGAGCGCUGUAGGACACUACCUCGUAGCUAAAUAUACUCCUGUGAGGUUGGACGGGGAGGCUGGGGAACCCGUGUAUGCCAUUUCAGAAUUCAUUGUGGAGAUGUUGCCCCCAGAUUUGACGUUCCUUAAUAUUGUUGGUGACUUUGUGGAGGGGGAAACGCUGACCGCACAGUACGGGUAUGUGGGAGGUUACGAAGGAACUAGUCUAUACAGCUGGUAUUUGCAAGACAACGAGGAUGAACCUGCCUCCAUAGUAUCAGAAGCUGAAGGGCAGCUCCAGUAUCGGAUUACAAGGCAAGCAGUCAACAAGAUUGUUUUGUUUCAAUGCAGACCUGUGCGAGACGAUGGCAUUAUGGGUGACUGGAGGAGCAGUUAUGGAGCAGAGCGGAUCCGUGCUGGUGUUCCUAAGCUCCUCUCGCUGCAUAUCAUCGGAGAGCCCAUGGAAGGGUAUGAACUUCAGGUGGGGAAGGAGUACUGGGGCGGGGAAGAGGGUAUUUGCAAAGUUCAGUGGUUUCGGACACGACAGGAUGGAACGCAGCGUGAGAUCAAAGGCGCCGUGCGUGAGUCUUAUACGGUGCAAAGCGACGACAUUGACGGGCUGAUUUGUGUUUCGUGUCAGCCGGUCCGGAGUGAUGGAGUGGCAGGCCCUGUUGCUGUCUCGUCAAGCGUGGGUCCUGUGAUUCCAUCUCCGCCGAUGUGCAAUUCUCUGGAGAUUUUUGGGUUGCCUGUUGAAGGAGGAUGUCUCAGCUUCAACGCCUCAUACAAAGGCGGAGAGAGGGGUACCUGCAUGUAUGAGUGGGUGCGUCACAAUCCUGAUGGGAGUGAGGUCCUGCUAAGUACCGAUGAGGCACUGGAUCUUACAUCCGAGGAUGUUGGCAGUAGUAUUGAACUCGUCUUCACGCCCGUGAGGAAAGAUGGCGCAGUUGGAAACUCUCGGUCUUGUCAUACGGAUACUGUCGUGGAUGGGGAACCAGAGGGAACAGAACUCAUGAUAUCCCAGUGUUUUGAAGACGUCGAGGUUGUUCCUCGCAAGUCUUACUUUGGUGGCAAAGAGGGACAUGGCGAAUACUCAUGGUACCGAACUUCCCAGAGACCAAAAGACGGACAACUGCCAGAGGACGCGCGCUUCCUAAGUGACAAAGAGGUUUACACUCCCAGGCUAGACGAAGUGGCAUCUUAUCUUUGUCUGCGUUGGGUCCCUGUGAGAGCGGACGGUAAACGAGGCUCUCCCGUUGUUGCCUACAGCAAUCUACCCGUAGCGCCCGCUCUCCCAGUUGUGCGAAGCGUAAAUGUGAAAGAGGCUUCAUACGGUGUGUUUGAAGGAGAAGGAGAAUACUACGGUGGACGAGAAGGAGAGAGUCUAAUGAGCUGGUAUCGUCAGACGACUGGCGGUCUUCGUACUCUCAUUCCUGAUGCACACUCCAAGUCUUACACGGUGGGAGAUGACGACUAUACAUGCUCUCUUGUGUUUGGUUACACCCCAGUUCGCAAUGACGGUGUUGCUGGGGAAUUAGUGCUGUCGGAGCCGACUCCUCUCAUUUACCCUGAGCUCCCUAGGAUACAGAAGCUGGUUAUAUCAGGAAAGCUAAUCGAAGGGGAAGUGCUUACUGCCUUAGAAGUCAUUCCCAAGGGGGAGAUUCAGCAGAAGUCAUGGGAGAAGUUCAAGAAGGAUAUCAAGUACCAGUGGUCGCGGUCAUGGCAACCCGAAUCCACUGAGCACUUUGAGCCUCUUCCAGCGCAACGCUCCUGCACAUACAAAGUGAGGCUCGAGGAUGUCGGCUACUGCUUGCGGUGCGAAGGUAUAAUCUCUGAUGUGUUCGGCAGAUCAGCUGAGCCUGCGUCCGUUGUUACUCCUCCUGUUGCCCCUGGAUUUCCCAGGGUGGAGAACUUAGAGAUCGAGGGACGUGGUUACCACACUAGCCUUUAUGCUGUUCGCGGGAUUUACAGUGGUGGUAAGGAGGGAAAGAGCAUGCUCCAGUGGUUCCGUGCCAUGGCAGGAAGUCCUGACCUGAUCCCAAUAUCAGGAGAAGUGGGGCGCAUGUACGAAGCCAAUGUUGAUGACGUUGGCUAUCGGCUUGUCGCUGUGUACACCCCAGUGAGAGACGAUGGCGUAGAGGGCGGUCCAGUCUCCGCCUCAACCGAUCCUAUCAUCGUUGAUCCGGAGGUCUCCAAGGAGGUGAAGCUGAAGUUAGAGCUUGCCGUCGUGAAAUUCGAAGCUUUACGCGAUCGUGACCGAUCGCCUAUGAAGUCACAGAAUCAGCAAGGGCUCGGAAGCUUGGAGCGACGAGUCCUGGAUGUAAAUAGGAAACGAGUGAAGGUGGUGAAGCCCGGAUCCAAAACGAACUUCGCCUCCACUGAGCUUCGUGGCUCCUACGCACCCCCUUUCCAUGUUGAGGUUUUUCGCAAUGACCCGCAUCGCGUGAAGAUCGUCAUGGACUCCGAGAAUGAAGUUGAACUUAUGGUGCAAUCUCGUCAUAUCCGGGAUAUAAUUGUGCUUGUCAUUCGAGGAUUCUCGCAGCGGUUCAACAGCACGCCACUCAACUUGCUCUUGAAGAUGUGAUGAUUCAGUCACGUGAUUCCUAGCGGGCUCUCUUAUUAUACAACUGAGCAGGCAGCUUGUAUUUUUUUCAAUUAUACAACUAGAUAGUUGUAUAUUCUUUUGCCCGUGGAUGAUUUUGAGAGGAGCUCGGUGAUCCUCCCAAAGAGAUCGAUGCAUUUGCAGCCAGGCAUUGCUAAUCAGCAGUGGGAUGUGGGUGAUGAUCCUGAUUGAUUCAUUGUGAUUGUCAUCACUAGAUGGUUGUAAGUUCUAAAUGAUUGAAGUCUUGUAACUGGAGGUUACCUCUGGAUUGUUAGUAUUGAUUUUCGUCGAUACUCACAGGAUGGUUUAUGCAUCUACAGCAGUCGAUUUAUUUUAUUCGAGAUUUCAUGAGGACCUGCUACAGAGUGCCGUGCUUUGAACUUCAGGACGAAUUAAAUAUGGAUGCGUUCUACAACUGGUUCAGAUCCAAGCACCGAUUUCCACCUGCUUUCAGUCCUGCUAUGUUGCCAAAUGGAGAAGAGAUUGAGAAGUGAUGCUUAUAUCUCAGUUAAGGAAUUUACAUGGUGCCAAGGCGCUCUCUUAUAGAGAUUUUCUAGUUGUCUUUGGGAGUGACUGCCACGUCGGCAACAGCAUGGCCCCUGGUACACAAUGCCUGAACAUUGAGGACUACUUUUGAGUCAUGUGAGCUGCAGUAAAGGACCAGCUUGGUCUUCUGUCGUACAUUAAAGCUUUUCUCAUCUUUGCAGUUUGUACUUGGUGAUUACUGUAUAUCAAUCUGAAUUAUUUUAAAGGGCCAUCGUCUCAUUUGCGUUCAUAGUCGGUUCUUCUUGAUUGUAGUUGCUGAUUUCAGAAGCAGUAAUUUUCAGUGUAGGGGUUUGAGCAUAUAGAAGGUUCUUUGGAUUACUUAAGUGAUGCAUCACACAGACAUUCUAUUGGAAAUUUACUUUCCAAGUGAACUCUUAUUCUAGCAGGGUCAUGCAAUCCACAAUCGCGUUGGUAUGGCAUGCCUUUUAAUAUGUUGAGUGUGUAAAAUCUCGCGAA